AUGCUAGAGGAUAUAACUAUCAAGUUACCUCUGAUUGAUGAGAUGCAGAUGAUACCUUCUAUGCGCUGUUUGAUGAAGGGUUUGAUCUCCGGCAAGAUAACUGGAGACAGUGAGCUAUUGUUGGUUUCAAAGGACUGCAGUGCGGUACUUCAGAACAUGCCAAUUAAGAAAUUGGGUGAUCCAGGCAAUGUCAACCUCAUGCCUUACUCCAUGGCAAAACGACUGGGAUUCACACACUUCAAACCAACAAGAAUCUCCCUGGUGUUUGCGGACAGAUCAGUCAAGUCACCGGUGGGUAUUCUGGAAGAUCUCCAUGUCCGAGUGGGCAACACCUUUGUUCCGACAGAUUUUGUGGUUCUAGAUGUUGACAAAGAACCAAGAUAUCCACUCAUCCUGGGUCGUUCUUUCUUGUGCAUGGUUGGUGCGAUUAUUGAUGUUCGACAAGGGAGGAUUGAUCUUCACCUUGGGGACAUCGCGAUGAAGUUCGAGAUGAACAAACUGCUGAAGAAACCGAUGAUAGACGCCCAAACCUACACGGUUGAAGGCGAAAAUCAGGCGCUAUCCCCUCAAGAGGGAAUGAUUGAGGAAAUCUUGAUCGACGACCCACUCGAACUGGCUCUAACCCGAGCUGAGACUGAGCACAACGUCAUGAGCGUGGACACGGACGAUGGUCACUUAUCUAAGUAUACGGGAGAAAGAUGA